AGCUGGAGUUUUUGAUAAUGACUCACUUCUGCUCUUUCUGGGAUCUGUCUCCCUCCCACAUGACCCCAUGGGGUCCCUAAAUGGCAGUCUUUCUUGCAGUACCCAUGUGGGCUUGCCUGAGCCACAGCAGGGGGUGUUUAAUAAGGAGACUAGAACUGGGCUUGGGGACAUGCUCUCAGACCAGCUCUCCAGCAGGCUACAAGAAGAACCAGACCACUUCCUUUCUUGGUGGGCAAAUAAUUCACAUAAGCUAAUCAACAAGCAUAUGAAUUCAGAGGGCAACUACGUGCCCCCUCUGGACUUCCAGCCCCUCCUCUGCAACUUGGAAAUAUUUAUUUGUGCACUGCAGACAGAGGGUUGUGAUGAAGAUCGGCAGGAAGAGGGGUUAAGAAGCUGAUUCUGUCACUGGGUGGAAACUUUCUAAGUGCCAGGGGGUUUUUUUGAGAUCCUAAGUCCAGCUUCCAGGCUGGAGCAGUGGCAGAUCCAAGUUCUUCUUGUAGUCUCUGGGGAAGCCACUUGAACGGUGCCAGUCGUCCCCUGCACCCAGCGGUCUUUCCUGGCAGGCCCUGUAUGUGGUCCAUGUCUGCUGGGUGGGGAAUCUGUUGAAAAAAAAAAAGAAAAAACAUGCUGAGGGGUUGCUUCCAGCUGUCUUUGGGGGAUAGCUUGUGCCAUGGAUUGCUUUUGCCUAGAACCAGCCCUAGAGUGUACAGAAGAUGAAGUACUCAUGGUUGCUCAAUUUCUGCACUGUUGACAUUCUAGGCUGGAUAAUUGUUGGUAAUGGGAGCUGGCUUGUGCAUUGUAGGAUGUUUAGCAGCAUCCCUGACCUCUCCCCACUAGGUGCCAGUAAGCAUCCCCCUGCUAUCUCCCCAUCCCCACUCUAGUCACCAGACACUACCAAAUGUUCCCAGGAUAGGGGGAUGCAAAAUCGUCCCCAAUUUUGAACCACUGGUGUACUUGUAAAGGGUCUUGUCCUCUGCAGGCUUCCUCUCUGGCCUGCCUUGGUGAGACAGCCAAUUCUCUCCACUCUAGGGCACUGUCUUUAUCUGGGGGUGAAUGUCAGGAGCUAAACAUUGUUUUUCCUUGCAGGGUUCAGGGGUGAUCAAGGCUGGCUUUGCAGGAGACCAGAUUCCCAAAUACUGUUUCCCAAACUAUGUUGGGCGGCCUAAACACAUGCGAGUGAUGGCUGGAGCCCUGGAGGGAGACCUCUUCAUCGGACCAAAAGCAGAGGAGUACCGGGGGCUGCUGACCAUCCGCUACCCCAUGGAGCACGGCAUGGUGCGGGACUGGAACGACAUGGAGCGCAUCUGGCAGUACGUCUACUCCAAGGAUCAGCUGCAGACCUUCUCCGAGGAGCAUCCUGUUCUCCUAACGGAGGCCCCGCUCAACCCAAGAAAGAACCGGGAGAAGGCCGCAGAGGUGUUCUUUGAGACCUUCAAUGUGCCAGCCCUGUUUAUCUCCAUGCAGGCCGUGCUUAGCCUGUACGCAACAGGACGCACAACAGGAGUGGUUUUAGACUCGGGGGAUGGGGUCACUCACGCUGUUCCCAUCUAUGAGGGCUUUGCCAUGCCACACUCCAUCAUGCGGGUGGACAUUGCCGGCCGUGACGUCUCCCGCUAUCUCCGGCUCCUGCUGCGCAAGGAAGGGGCUGACUUUCACACCUCAGCAGAGUUUGAAGUUGUCCGGACCAUCAAAGAGCGAGCCUGCUACCUGUCCGUCAACCCACAGAAGGACGAGGCUCUGGAGACAGAGAAGGUGCAGUACACCUUGCCUGAUGGCAGCCUGCUCGACGUGGGGCCUGCACGAUUCCGAGCCCCCGAGCUGCUGUUCCAGCCUGACCUGGUCGGGGAUGAGAGCGAGGGGCUCCACGAGGUGCUGGCCUUUGCCAUCCACAAGUCAGAUAUGGACCUUCGGCGGACGCUGUUUGCCAACAUUGUGCUCUCAGGGGGCUCAACGCUUUUUAAAGGCUUCGGUGACCGAUUACUAAGUGAAGUGAAGAAGCUUGCCCCAAAGGAUGUCAAAAUCAAGAUCUCAGCUCCUCAGGAACGGCUGUACUCCACGUGGAUUGGUGGCUCCAUCCUGGCCUCGCUGGACACUUUUAAGAAGAUGUGGGUAUCCAAAAAGGAGUAUGAAGAGGAUGGCUUCCGUGCUAUUCACCGCAAAACCUUCUAGUGUCCAGGGAGGGUGGUGGGUGUUGGGAGAAGGGGAGGAAAGGGGAGCCAGAGUCCUUAACCCUUUUUCGGUCUGGGCUCACAUUCUAGCCUAGGGUCCCCUGCAUGCCCUGAACCCCCAGGCAGGGUGCAACAGUACUCCCCUGCAGCCCUCCCCUCUGUGUGCUCACACACACACACACACAGAGGCAUUAGCUGCAUGGACAGGAGUUUGAGCUGGAGCAUAGGAAUUGAGAAGCCCAGCAUUGAGUGGUUCUAGGUGUCUCCCUUUGGUACGACCACUUAGGCCUGUGGUUUCUAACUCCAACUCUCAGGGCUGCUUCCCCGAACUCCCAGGGCCAGAGUGCCUGGAUGCCUGUGUAACUAGCCUUGAAUGGGGUGGAGGAGGGGUGGCCAGAAGCUCCCGCUGGUACAUCAUCGAGUCCCAUGCCACCUCCUGUCUGACCUGACAGGACAGCCCAGACCCUCUCACACUCUGUCCUCCCAUCUCCCUGGACAGAUUCCCUGGGGUAGGGCUGAGUACUGGGCAGUCUUCGUCCCCAGUGAGGGUGUGUGGCCCAGGGUAAGACCCUUCAGAGCCAGGGUAGAGGGUGCGCAGUGGCCACAGUUUGUCUCACUCUUCAAAGCACUUCACUGACUUUUUGCUCCCUCUCUGUGAGCCCCCAGGACCCUGAAUAGGAAAGGGUUAAUGCUUUUCACUUGUUGAGGGGAGGCAUUAAUCAGAAGUCAUAUCUAAGUGGGGAGGUGCAUUUCCUUCUCACAUCCCCCAAGAAAGAGGUCUUCACUGUGGCCACAGCCCCACCUCCCUCUCUCAGAUACGUACAAUAAUUUAACACAGUUGCCUGAAAAAAACCUUUUUUUUGUAAAUCAUUAUAGUAAUAAUUACAGACAAGGCACAGUGUGUGGCUCUGUU